AAGGUCUUUCUUUGACCUGCAAAAGCUCUACUUGUUAUAUGUUUUCCUCAGAUUGGUGGUCAAAGCUUCCCAUUAAGCUGCAGGUUGGUCACGCGUGUGCUUGAGGCCGUGUUCACCUGUUCAGUGUGUUCACUCGGGGUCAGCAGGUGUUUGAGGCGCCCGCAGGCUGCCGUGAAAACCUUGGCUUUCAGUUCAUCAUGGCAGAGAUAACGAGAUGUUUCCUGGAGUUGGUCCUAACCAGGUCUGAGGGAGACCCCACGGCAGCAUGGGGGGGCGGUCCAGAAGAAUCUGCUGGGUCUAUAUUAGCCGCGGUGAAUCACGGCGAGCUUGGCAUACCGAGUGUCCUCUUUCACACCAUAUAAGUCUUUUCCCUCCUGCCCCCCUCGCCACCCCACCCAGCACACACACUUGCGCACACACACAAUGCCACAGUGCUAUCUCUGUCUAUUCUUAGGCGUCCCGUUCAGCCCGAGCAGGCAGGUCCUCCUCUUUCUCCUCUCAGCUGCUGCGCCUCUUCCCCCCUUUCUCCUUCGAGCCCAGCCCUCCAGCCCGUCCGGGUGUUAAUCGAGGAUCUGGUUAAAAUUCUGAAGAGGAUUUUGUUGUCUGAAAGAAUGAGCAGCUACACGGUGACGCUCCCCGGCCCCGGGCCCUGGGGCUUCAGGCUGCAGGGAGGGAAGGACUUCAACAUGCCGCUGACCAUCUCCAGGAUCACUCCUGGCAGCAAGGCGGCGCAGGGUAACCUGAUCCAGGGCGACGUCAUCGUGGCCAUCGAGGGCGUCAGCACCGAAGGCAUGACCCACCUGGAGGCUCAGAACAAGAUCAAGAUGGCCAAUCACAGCCUGGCGCUCACUAUGUCAAAGUCAAAACGACCCCCUCCAAUGGCAACUCCCAGAAUAGACUCUGCGAUUCCCAUGAUCCCUCAUCAGCAGCUAAAUGGCUGCAAGUCUGCCUGUAAUGCCUCCCCUGGGCCUCUAGAGGCAGACUCCCCCAGGAGGAGCGCGGCGGUCAGCCCCCCUCAGAGGAGGCAGUACAAUUCCCCCAUCGGCCUGUACUCAGAGGAAACUCUGAGAGAGAUGGCAGCAAUGCAGACCGGAGGUCCUGUCCCAGGUAAUCCGCCGCAGGUGGACAGCUCCUCCCCCGUCUAUCAGGCCGUUCAGGAUGCAGAAAAGUACCUGGACCCGAUGGAGGGGGGCCGCCGCAGCUCCAGCAUGCAGUCCAAGUCCUUCCAGGUUCUGGCUCACAUGGUCCACACCGACUCCACUCUGCAGGAGGAGGAGGAGGAGGAGGAGGAGGAGGUAACGAGGAGGAGCAGCCAGUAUGGCCCACCACCAGUCAUGCAUCAGCCUCUACAGGCUCCGCCCCCUCAACAAUAUCAGCAAAUACCUCAGCAGUACCAGCAAGUACCUCAGCAGUACCAGCAAGUACCUCAGCAGUACCAGCAAAUACCCCAGCAGUACCAGCCAGUUCCUCAGCAGUACCAACAGUCGCCCCAACAUCAAGCCCCGCCCACACAGCAGAGCUCCAUUCAGAUCCCUGUUGGCUCUGGGGCCCCUAAGGUUGUCAGCACCGCAUGCAUCUACCCCUCCCAGCCUGCUCCAGCCCAACUGCCCCCCCAACCCCACCCUUCAGCUGCAGCCCCGGCCCCCCCUCCACCUGCCUCCAACAGACCCCCAUGGGUGACUGACACCAACUUUGCUGAAAAGUUUGAAGCCAGCAAAACCACCACCACCACCAUGAAGGUCCAACCGCUGCCUCAGGCGGCCCCUCCCCCACCCGCAUACAUCUCCAACCCCUCUCCUGUGGGGCCUGCAGCCCCCAGCCCGGCCCCCAUGACCCCCAGCCCUGCCCCUUUUCCUCCUGUGGCGAGAGGUGUGGCCCAGAGGGCGGAGAGGUUUGCGGCCAGCAGCCGUACGCCACUGUGUGGUGCGUGCAACAGCGUCAUCAGGGGCCCCUUCCUUGUGGCCCUCGGCCGGUCCUGGCACCCCGAGGAGUUUAACUGCCACUAUUGCCACGUGUCUCUGGCAGACGUGAGCUUCGUGGAGGAGCAGAACAACGUCUACUGUGAGAACUGCUACGAGGAGUUCUUCGCACCAACUUGUGCCCGCUGCAACACCAAAAUCAUGGGGGAGGUGAUGCAUGCCCUGCGGCAGACGUGGCACACUACAUGCUUCGUGUGCGCAGCUUGUGGCAAACCCUUUGGAAACAGCCUUUUCCACAUGGAGGACGGAGAGCCGUACUGCGAGAAAGAUUACAUCGCACUCUUCAGCACGAAGUGUCAUGGCUGUGACUUCCCCGUGGAAGCUGGCGACAAGUUCAUCGAAGCUCUGGGCCACACCUGGCAUGACACCUGCUUCGUCUGUGCGGUCUGUCACGUCAAUCUGGAGGGUCAUCCUUUCUACUCCAAGAAAGACAAACCUCUGUGCAAGAAGCACGCCCACGCCAUCAACGUGUAGGCAACACGCCUACUUCUGCUGAGGCCGCCACGGCGAGGCGACGCCGUAACAUGCCGUGUAUGCAAGCACACUUUAGUUAUUGCGAUUAUCCUGAAAAGAAACAAUGCUGCCUGAUGAUUCUGCUUCUGAACGGAAACAUCGACACCCGCCCAACCGGCUGUUCUGUAGUUCCUCUUUUUUAUGUUUUCUACCAGAGAAGCUGUGAUGUCAGCCCACCGCUCGGUAUGGAGUCUGCAGAGUGCAGAAAUGCUUUCUAGGAGUUUCAUUAUGACAGCAGAUCCACUCUGUCUCAGGAUGACUCCACUUACAGCUCCUUCAUACCUGGGGUUUAAUUUAAGUUUUUGGAAAAUAUUGUAAAAUAUUUACAUUUUAUUUGAUGUUUUUAUUGUCAUUUUGAUUUCAUCGAGUCUCUGUAACAACAUAAAAGGAUCUGAAUUGAACCCUGAAGAUUCCAGAAGCACUCUGGAGACUCCGUAUGACCGAGCUGAUCGUGUGCCUCUUUGACUCGACCGUUGAGUGAUUUUGUUUCAUCUCAGAAAUAUGUUGUGUUGCUGUUAAGGUCGGCUUCAGAACUGCCUCCAGGAAUGACAGAUAUCUACGUUCAUCUCUGGUCCAUGUUCAGAGUCAACAGCUGAUGUCUGACCUUUAGUUUGACUUCUGUGGUGGAUGUUUGUUCACUGCUGCCUUCCUUCAGGUGUGUUUGUUUAGACUCACAGAGUGCGUUUGAUGGUUGAUCUUUUUCUUCAUUUUGUAAGCACACAGUCAAGUCGCAGCUCAGGCGUUUACGCCGCGACCUACCCCACCCCCCCACGCGCCUCCUCGCAGACCUGCAGAAACCAGCAAACACACAAGUUCAUGCAAUCUUGGCCUUCGACGUGACAGAUUAUUUAAUGGAAAAACAGUAACUAACUUUGUUUUGUAUUCUUGAGAAGAAUCAUUUUGGUUGUGUUUAAAUGCUUCGCUUCAUGUUUUUUUAAUCUGCAUUUCAUAGCUGUUAGUGGAACUCCGUCUUGGUUCCUUAUUAUUACUUAUUAGCACCCAAAGAUCAGAGGUGGGAGCAUGGAUUUAGCAGUUUUCAGACUCUCUUUCUGCAGCACAUGAGACUAAAACAAAGUCCACACCUAUGCAGAUGCAUCGACCCGUCCGUGGAUCUCAAACUCCAUCCUUCAUGUCUGACAGCAGAACAGACUCUUUAGCUCCUCCUCCUGAUGGAGAGAUGUCUCUUUAACCCAAAGUGUCCAUCCAGCUUGAUUUAUCUAAAAAAAAACAUGUUUCAUCAGGAAAAAAAGAGCAAAUUAUUACAGUCUGGACAAACUGACAAAUCCACAAAACUUCAAAGCACAUCAACUGUUGACCAUGAAUUCUCUUUAAGGCUAUACAUAUUUUUUGUGAAGAAUGUUGUCAGAUUAGAGGUUUAGCGGCAUCUAGUGGCCAUAAGGGGAAUUGCAACAAAGUGUUGUGGAGUCGAGCAUCACCGGUGACCAUCAGCUGAAAGUCUUUCAUCUGUGCUUUAUGACUCUCCGGAAGUUUCCGUGGGAGUUAGGAUGAUGCCGGGUGUCUGUGUAAACUCUGAUCUGUGUGUCAGGAAUUCUGUUCAGAACGGCCCGUGUUGUUCUGCUGUACAGUUUUACUCCUUUUAUACCGUUUGUUACGUCAGAGAGUGUGAAUGUGCAUGCAGAGCAGUUUGUUGCAGCAUGUUGGGAUGUAAAAGCUCUGACCCCCCCUCCAGAUACACACAGAAUAUUACUGUAAAAAAUGGUAAGAAAAGAGAACAGCGACAAGCAGCAGGAAGGCUGGGAGGAACCUGCAAUCACUCUGAAAUGCUGCUUUGCUGUUUGACAGGUUUACGAGGAGAAUUACAGAGUUGCUGUCUGAAUAAAGCGAGCACUUACAUCACUAAAAACAUC